CUCGGAAGUCGGAUCGGUGUCUGUUGGUUGUGUUUGCUUAGCUCUUUGAAUAAAGUCUGAUAUAUUUGAUAUUGCUUCAUGGAAUUAAAGCCACUAAAUUCGAACGGAAGAUUUCAGCAGAAAUUACUUAUUCGUCUCCGUUAAUUCAAAAGCUUUAAAAUGAGAGUAAUCGUCUUCAUUGUUGAUACAUCGGCUUCUAUGAAUCAACGUGCCUAUCUAGGAGGGCAGCGUCAUUCAUUGCUGUACGUGGCAAAGAAUGCUGUUGAGACUUUCGUAAAAAUCAGGCAAAGGUCUCCAGAAAGUCAUGGCGAUAGGUACAUGCUCCUCACUUUUGAAGAACCUCCUUUCAAUAUUAAGGCUGGCUGGAAGGAAAAUUUGGAAACAUUGUCAAAUGAAUUGAAGAAUCUUCAAGCAACUGGACUAUCAACACUGGAGGUUGCACUAAAAAGUGCAUUUGACCUUUUAAACGUCAAACGAAUGGAAACAGGCAUUGACAUGUAUGGUCAAGGAAGGCAUCCUUUUUUUCUACAGCCUGCUGUUAUAGUAGCAAUAACUGAUGGUGGGAAGCUAGCCUACAAUGGGGGAAUCCAUGAAGAGUUGAAUUUGCCAAUGAACAACAACAUUCCUGGUGCUGAAUUGACACGUGAGCCGUUUCGUUGGGACCAGCGGCUGUUUGGCUUAGUAUUAAGACUUACUGGAACUCCUCCUCUUGAAAGAGAUCCUAUGGGAUUUGUGCCUAGGGAUGGCUCUCCUAUUGAUGCAAUUUGUGAAGCGACAGGAGGACGUUCGUAUGCCAUAACCUCGCACCGUACGCUGAUGCAAUGUGUUGAUAGCUUGGUUCAAAAGAUUCAAAGUGGCGUAGUUAUGUAUUUCGAAAAAAUUGGACCCGAUCCUCCACUUUUAACAGAAGGAAAAGAUGAUUGUUCAAGUGGUGAAGUUUUGCUUGAUGACGAUAGUAAAGCUGUGUUUGCAGAAUCAUCCUGGCAGGUUGGCAGAAGAAUGAUACAUGUUCCACGUUCAGCUAAAGGUUAUGCUGUUGGAUUUUGGCCUAUUCCCGAGGCAUUUUGGCCAGACGUGAAUACUCGCUCAUUGGCUCCUCGAACUGCUCAUCCCGUUAUCCAGUAUACAUGCACUAAUCAAAAUCCCAUGAUAAUAGAAAAUCUUCCGUUCGAUAAAUAUGAAGUGGAACCUUGUCCAUUAACUCAAUACAUUCUGUCAAGAAAGCAGGCGUCUACGUGUUGGCAGGUAUUUGUUCCCAACAGCUACAGGAGUUCUGAGUCUGGCCAGCAUCCAUUUGGAUAUCUUAAAGCAAGCAGAAAUCUUCAAUCAGUCAAUCUUAUUGUGAUGCCUUAUAACUAUCCUGCAUUACUCCCACUUUUGGACGAACUUUUCCGAGUGCACCGUUUGAAACCAACAGCUGAAUGGCGAGGUCAUUUCGCAAACUACCUGCGAACUAUGCCACCUUAUUAUGCCACACCACUGCGGCGUGCUUUGACCAGGAUGGGUGCCACUAAUUUAGCCUCUACAUUGAUUCCUGAGUCAUUGGACAAUUACCUGAGUUAUAGCAUAGUUAAUUAUCUGAAAAGGCUGAAACAUCAGGCCAAGGUUGAAUUCGACAGAGUUUGUUCCGAAGUUGGAAGAACUCGGCAGGUCGUUCUUGAUUCUAUUGAAGUCAUUCCAAGAUCUGCGUUUUGUAAAGACUUCAUUACCAAUCUCAACCUUAUUGAAAAAUGUCUCAAUUCACGUGAGCAGAUGAAUGAAUUUCCUGGUUUUGCUUUAGCUUUGAAAGAACGAGAAAUGCGAGCUCAAAAUUUUCUUAAUCCUUUUGAUAUUCCUCGGUCCACGCUUCUGGAUCAAGUUGCCAGAAUGAGGGCGAACUUUUUGCAAUCUUCUCCAGCACUCACAAAAUUGCAAGACGAAGAUGAUGUACACAGUAUGCCUGUUGGGCAAAUCGGAAAUGGUCGGGAAUAUUUGAAGCGAAUAGCCCCUCCUUUGAGAGAGAUCGAAUCGACACCGGUUAGACAACAUAUGUUUGAAAAUUCUUUCAAAAUUGACAAGCAGAUGAUGGUGGAUGCAGCUGAUAUUGACCUAGUUGGUGGCAGUUCUUCACAAAGUGGUGGACAUGGAGCCAAGCGUCCUUCUGAAUCUCCUAAUCCAAUUCCUGUUAGGCCGUCCAAACGGAAAGCUGGUCCGUUGCCUCGCGAUUUUUUUUUUCAACGACCGUUCUUACCGUUGUCUUUGGCGUCUCCUUCACCGCAACCUUCUCCUAUUCCAAUGUUGCUUGGAGACAUGGAAAUCAGACCUGAUAGUCCUUUGCCUAAUGUUAAUUCUCCUAUGUUCUCUUCGCCAACUGUUGGGCGUGUAGACAGCGAAGAUGAAUCUGAUUCACUAUUAGUCAUAGCUGAUUAUAGUAUUGAUCCACCGGCUGAGACAUCUCUUCUAAAUGGGACUUCAAAGUGUACGCUUACGGAAGAUCCUCCAGGUGGUAAUAUAGUUAUGCCUUCUCCACUUCAAACUCUGACUGAAAAUGGUACAAUAUUGAGGCUUAUUCAAAAAUCGAAACCACUAAAGACUCGAUAAAGAAAUGUUUUCGAAUCGAUUCCUUAAACUAGCAGACAAGUCACGAUUUUUUUUUUGUUUUCAGUAUUUCUUUCUCACGUUGGGGCGUCAGUCAGUGUCAACCAAUCGAUCAACUUCAAGAACUAAAUGUGAUGAGAUGAAUCGAGGCUAAUGCAAUUUUCAGAUCAACUGAC